AUGGACUCGCAGCUCGUGACGAGCAUGAGCGAGGUCGACGACUUCCGCGUCGAGAAGCAGGCCCCGCGCCGCUGGCACCGCAAGCGCAUCCUUGGCCUUCUCGGCGCGCUCGUCCUUGUCGGUUCUGUGAUUGGCAUCGUCGCCGCUUCGACGUCGUCAUCGAGUGACGCGAAGACUGUCAGCACCAGCGCGACGAACCUUGGCAUGGCCAUUUGCUACGACACGUACCAAGCCGACAAGAUCGACGCCCAUUUUACAACGAUCGCGACGCGCUUCUCGGCCGUCCGGUCGUUCCAGACGUGGCUGCCCAACAACGACAACGUCAUUGACGCCGCCGCCCGCCACAACCUCUUUGUCUACCCAGGCAUCUGGCUGCGCGGCGCCGACUACGCCCGCGACGUCCAAGCCGCAAUCGACGCAAGAUCAAGGACGUCCGCGCCAAGUUCAGCGCCGCGGGCCUGA